AGAGUACAUUGAAGAGUUACUUAAUUCGCUUGUAUUUUAUUAAAUUUUUGGAAAUUCAGCGGAUUUCCUUGGAAAACCAGUUUUCCCGCCUUCCGGGUAUCCAUCUGCCGACUGCAGCGCUGUUUCGUACACGAUUUUCUGCAGCAAAAAGCAAAAGUCACAUGUGACAAGUGAAAUUACAAAAGAAAAAUACUGCUGCGACUUUUCUCUGGUGUUUUUCGCGAUUUUCCGCAAUUUUCCAGGCGAAUCGCAGCGCCAGAGUGCGUGAAAAGUAUAGGAACGGUGUUUAAGAAGUGAUUGGGUGGAAUUGACGGGCUUUUCGGCGCUGUAUUAUGUCCUACGAGACAGUUGGCCAGGAUUCCCGUGAUCUCAGAGUGACCCUCGUGCGACGCAUUCAAGACUAGGCUGCCCGCGAUGCUCCUGCUCAUCGCUGUGAGUCUCCUGGCAACGCUGGGCCGGAGCCUGGCGUCUGCGGGUGAGGAUCUGGCCGGUGGCUUUGAUACCAGCUCUCCGCUGGUGUUGGACAGCCUUCUGGAGGAAACUCUCCCGGAAGCGUCCAGCCACCUAGUAGCACUGCCCAAGGCACUGGACUUUGGAGACCAGAGUCUGGGCAGUCCGCAGACGCGUGUGGUGACGCUGGUGAACAGCAACAGCAACCGCAGUGUCUUCCUGGACGCCAUCGUGGCCACGGCAGACGCGGAAGCGAGCGUCUUCUUCACGAGCUUCGUGGAUAAGGUGAUUCCGCCGCUGAGCAAUACCUCCUUCAGCGUGAUCUUCCUACCCAAGCGCCACGGUCCUGUGGAGACGCACCUCCUCAUCCACACCACCUUCGGACUGCUGCGCUUUCCCGUCCGCGGCCGCGGGAUUGAAUGCCCUUAUCGACUGGUGCCACUGGUGGGAAUUAAGGCGCCCUUCAACGCCACCAUCUCGCCCGAGAUCCACCUGUUCAAUCCGCACGACAAGCCCAUCCAGAUCGUGGAGAUCUUCUCCAGCGGCGGGCACUUCCAACUCGAGCUGCCCAGCGGCGGUAACGAGGGGCCACAGGUUCUCUGGGAGAUCCCGCCUCUCUGCUCGAAGCCCAUCAUCCGCGUGCGUUUCGUGGGCGUGUCGCCGGGCAACUACACCGCGUACGUGCGCAUUAAAAUCCAGGGUCAGGACGCGCAGCUGGCCGAGAAGGUGCUGGUAGUUCCAAUCGAGGUGGAGAUUAGCCGCGAGCGGGGCCUCUAUUCGCCCCUCAGCCUGUUAAAUCUGGGCCUGCACGGUUCCACGGAUCGCGUCUCCGUGUUUCGCGUGAACCUCACGCAUUCGGGCGCAGACAGUGGUGUUCGGGUCACAGGACUGCGGGGCGACAAUGAGAUUACCAAUCGAAGCCUCUCGCUGCAGAUUGACGAGGACGCGCGACAGCGAUGGCUGAUUGUGGAAGUGAACUGGGCGAAAGUCUGGUCGCCGUACUUGAUGGGCAACAUAGUGAUAUCAAGUGAAGUGGAUGGGGAGCCACAGCUGCCCUAUCACAUGCCGGUGUUUGGGCUGUUGCUGAACGGGUCUGCCCAGCACGCGGGCAACAUAACGAUUCUGCUGAGCAACAAGAAGCAGCUGGCAAAGACGCACGGCUUCACGUUCACGAACAAGUUUGCAGUGCCACUUAUGGUGACAAAUGUGAGCGUGGCAGAUGAGGUGGGGAUGCACCACCUACGACUGAUGGACUUUGACGAGGUGCUCCUGGCUCCUGACGAGUCCCUGACGCUCUUUCGGGUGCAGUUUGUCAAUUACACGCAGCCCAUCGCGAGAAAUUACUCAGUCGUGACGGAGAUUCGCAUCACGACCAAUGCCACUGUGUACACAAUUCCCGUGUACGCCUUCACGGGCUUUUUGCGGCGCGUGGUGCCUGUGUACGAGGGGCCCAACAUGCCGCAGGGCGAUGAGGGUGCGCUGGACUUCGGCACGGUGCCUGUGAGCACGAGCUUUGACUCCAACAUUGCGUUCAUCAAUGAGAAUCCCGUGACUGUGGCUAUAAAGGGAUGGACGGGAAAGCUCACCAGUUCCGCCUCAUAUAGCAUCAUCUUACUGGGUUGCUCAGACGGUCCGGCCUUGGCCAAUCUCGUGAUCUGUUCGGAGCUGGAGCCACGACAGUGGAUGGUAUUCCAGAUCACAGUGAAGAGCUAUGGCGUUGGCAACUACACUGGCCAACUCAUCGUCAACACAGACUUUGAGGAGAUUGUAACGCCCAUCCACAUGAUAGCUGAAAUGGGCGGACUGGCGCUUGACCAGGAGUUGCUGCACUUCAAGGAUUGUUUUCCGGAGAAGAUCUGCUCACUGAAUCUGAGCGCACAUUCGACGUUCAUGAAGCCAAUGCAAGUGGAGGCAAUCAGCGUGAUCGAUGGCAUCAUAAACUACGAGUAUGCCACGGAUGAAGAUGUGUUGCCAGAGAUUCCGCCUAAUAUCAUCACGAAUAUUGGGCGGCUGUACUUUGAUCCGAAAGGACUGUGCGGAGAGUAUUGCUACACUGGUAGCCAAGUGAGCAACAAGAUUCACCCGAAGAAGUCCAGUUCUUUGGUCAACUAUUCGCACUACACUAAACUGGACAAGGACGUGUUGUCCUUUCGCAUAAAGUCCUUCCACAAGAUGCGUUCAUCCAUUCAGAGCAUCCCCUUCAAGCUGUCCACCAGUCAGAUCAAGAGAUAUGACUUUGUGGCGAGCGUGAACUUUGUCUGGCCGCGCCUCGUGACUGAACAUGUGGAAUUCCUGUCCACUCAAGUGGGUCAGGGCAUGGCGAAGUUUAUCACGAUUGACAAUCCGUCGGACCAACUCCUUAUCACGCAGUACUUUCUGCAUGAUACUCAAGUUCACGGGCAGGAUGUGGAGUUGCCGCCGGAGGUAAUCACGCCGUGCUCUACAUGUGUGCUGGCCAAGGAGAAACUCUUCGCCUUCCACUCGUUCUUCUCCACAUCGUCAACGUUGGAGAAUUACUUCGACCAUAUCCCGCCGCGUGGUAGCAGCAAAGUGGCUAUUAGGUUCCAAUCACCGCGGGCAGGCACCUUCUCCACGCUGCUCUUCAUCCGCAACAACCUCACCAUUCUCGAGGCGGUGUGGCUGACAGCGAAGGCGGUGGUGCCACAACUGAAAUUUGGCAACCGGAGGCCAGGAUCCCAAACACCGCUGCUGUUUGAACUCACGGACAAGCAUUUCAAGGUGUGCGCAGAUGCAAUGGCAGAGCGCGAGAGACUGGAGAAGGAGGGCAAAUUCACCGACGAUGUCCCUCGAGCGAUCAUCACAAUGAAGAGGAGUUUCACAGCGCGUAACAGUGGCGAAGUGCCCAUCACCAUCAAUGCCAUGAAGAUAGACUCGGAACUGUGUGAAGGAUAUGGAUUUAAGGUGUUGAACUGCUCAGCAUUCGAGUUGGCUCCCAAUGCUUCUCGGAAGAUUGAAAUUGCCUUCUCGCCUGACUUCAUUCUCUCGCGGAUAACUAGACCACUGAUUCUGGAGACUAGCGCUGGGUAUCCGGUGAAUUACACCCUCUUAAGUACCAUUCCGGCUGACGUGGUGACCAUGUGCCAUCGCGCACUGCUUCGGCCAAGGUGGGAGGCAACCAUGAAGAGGGGCACCAUGGCGGUGUCGUGCCUGGUACUGAUAGGAAUUAUGGUGUUCGGCUAUAUCGAGUCCCGAAGACUGAUGAAGGCUCAUAUAGUGGAGAAUAUGCGUGACAAGGGACCUGUUCUUCCAGCCCUUGACCUGCGGAAGAUCACGAGAUCCAGUGACGAGCCUUCUCAACCAGUAGUAUCUCCUCCUGCUCAGCCUCAGGCCACAAAGAGCUCGAGCUUUUUGGGUUUGGGGACAAAGAAGAAGCUGGGCAAAAAGAUAGUGAUUGGAGAGGUGAAUCCACUGAGCUUUAGUCCUAAGUUCGAUCUGAACAAGCAAGUGGAAGCAUCCGUGAAGGUGGAUUCUGUGAAGACUGAACCGACUCCCAAAACUGAGAAAGUAGUGGAGAAUAGAAAAUCCCAUCCGCUCUCAGAGGUGACGGAAUCUGUGAAACCACCAAAAUCUCUCUCGCCCAAUGCUUCAGUCAGAACAGAGGUGAAACCUUCGCCUAAAAGGUCUCUGACGCCGCCUAGUCCGCAGCAACCUGUUCGUGAAGUCAUCAGCAAGGCAUCUGUAUCGCCAGAACCGGAAAAGAGACCAGCAACGCCUCCGCCAGCACCAAAAACUUUGGAAGUGACGCCACCGGCUGUGAGGAAACAUGUGAAACAAGUGGUGAAGAAGACCAAGAGUCUGCCGGUGGCGAAUGUGGAGACUUCAUCGGUUCUUGCGCCAUCUCCGAGUCCUCAGCCAAAACCAGCGGAAGCGAAAGCGCCUACACCUAAACUUGCAGUCAAGGAGCCAGAGAGACAGUCUACGCCAGUUAUCGCGGAACGUCCUCCCUCGUCUCCGAGUCCUGACGUGACCUACGAGGUGCAGAAUGGAUCACAAACUGAAAUCAUUCGGCCCAAGAGGUAUGGAAAGACUCCUGGACGAGAGAGACGAUCGCGAUUGACGAAGAGGAAUGGACUAACAAAGCCACAAUUCAAGCCAUCGACGACAUCUUUCACUUCACCAAUGGAAAACUCACCGGAAGCGCCAGCUUCGAGUGUGUGGGAUGAGAAUAAGGCCUCCUUCAGCUAUGUGGUAGCGCAGAAACCGCCAAGUCCUGAGGUUGUGUCCACUGAGAAGAUUGGCAUGGAUUUCGGUGUGUUUGCACAACCUCCAGCACCGGUUGAAUUGCCCAGGACUGAUUCUGCGAUGAAUGGCGUGAGCACACCGGUGUGGAAGGUGAAUGAAUUGGGCCCCAUUGGGACGAAGAAGAGUCCUCGGUCGUCCAAUACAUCGUGGGUGGAUGUGGAGCCGAUGCGGAAGCCACUGGGUCAGGACAAUUUCAACCUAGAGACGCUGACUUCAUUGCAGGACAAUAGUAACUCUUUCUACUCGGGGUCGACGACUGUCUUGGAGACGUAUCUGAAAGAGAAGCUGCAGUACGCGAGGGAGAAGCAGAAGGCGACCAAUUUGAAUCUCCAGCAUAGUCAGGACAAGGCGGAGGAGCUGAAUGGUGGCGAGUGGAAUUCACAGAGUCUGUGGACGAAUGGAUUUGAGCAGCCGCGCUGGCAGCAGAGCCCCAUUCGACGUCCGCCGCCUGGUCUGGACUUUCUGCAGCGCAACAAUAAUCAGUCGCUCUUCAUGAACGGUAUUGGUGGCAAUGAUGAGAAUUACAACUCGAUGCCCGCGUACGAGCUAUUCAGCUCGCCAUGGGAGCACGAGAUGGCGUCCAAUCUUUGGCAGAAUUCUGGUCAGAAAUACCCGAAGAAGCAACAGUAGAUGUGUGACCCCUCAGAGGCAGAUUUCCCGAUUCCUCAUGAAUUCCCUGAACUACCCCAUAGAUUCCCCCUACAUUUCCCCUGGUGUUUUACAGCUCCCGGGCAGCCUGGGAGCGCCCCCUUUUACGGUGUUGAACGGUGAAGAGUGGCUAAAGUGAAAUCUAUCCUCGAGGUUGUAUUUGAUGUGAAAAUAUGAAAUAAUCAUUACAAUUUAAAUGUAAUACAUGGAUUAUGCUGACGAACACUCACAAUUUGAACAUUACUGAAUAUAUGAAAUCAUAAGAGCAAG